CAACUUAUCAUGCAUAUUAUUCAUGGUCUUUAAUGGCGGACGGUAGUUGUUGACAAUCGCAGAAUACUUGAAAUAUUUAUCCUCCAUGCAAACAGACAUAGAAGACCUGUCAUAUGAUGGCAAUAGAGAAAUCUUCGACUGCCACCUUUCAGGCGACAACACUUAAAGAUUGCAACAUGGAAGAAGCUUCACAAGAGCAGCCCAUUCACAGUGGGCAUUUUAUGAUAACAAACGUGCAUGCGCCAUCCCAAGACGACGACGACGAAUAUGACGACAAUGAAGAUGUCAAGCCCGAGUUACAAGAGAAUGGAUUCGAUUUUAAUAGUGCCAACAAAACGAUAUCAAACGUUUACUCUUUCGGACAGAAUACCCACACCCUGUCCAUUGACGACUCCCUUACGAAACUUUUUGACUGCAUGUCACUUGCUUACAGUGGGAAGCUGACAUCGCCAAAAUGGAAGGCAUUCAGGGGUCUGCAUCUUACCAUGAAAGACAAAGUCCGGUUGAACAACAUAAUAUGGAGGGAAUGGUGCAUGCAAUAUAGAUAUGGAAAAAAGCCAACAGUGUGCCAGUUUGCUUCCCCAUUAUCCGAUGACAUACACACAAAACCGGAGGCAAUUGUUUUGGAGGGGAAAUAUUGGAAAAGAAGACUGGAUACAGUUACUAAAGAAUACAAAAGCUGGAGGAAGUUCUCAAAGAGUCACAUGGCCAAGAAGUUCAGCAUUGAUGUGAAAGCCACCAAUGCUGAGUUACUGGCCAAAGUGGUGGAGGUGACAACGAUCCCGAGUAAUCAACAAAUGUCUGCCACAGACCUCCUUCUGAACAGCAGCACCAUGGACUUCAUGGACCUGGAUUUUAACAGUGACACCUUGUUCAACACCCUUAAUCAACCUUUCGCGUUUCCCAAUCCCAAAGAAUUUUAUGGAAUGUCAACUGCCGACCUGAUGCAGCCAGGCUUGGUUCCUCUACAGCCAAAUCUGGACGAUCUGAUGGACUACGAUUCCAUUCAAGAUAUUGUCACAACUCGUUCACAGGGUAACAGUGUGAUGCACUUCACUGGGAAUCAUAGUAUGGAUACGUCUACAAACACUAGUAAUUGCACAGUAUUUUCGCUAAUGGACACAAGACAAAGUGAAUUACAAUCACCUGGAAUUGAAAUACAGCCCCAGUCCCCAGGAACUAAGACUUUGGGGGACCUUCUUAGUGGGAGGCCCCAGUCUCCAGGCAACAAGACUUUGGGAGACCUCUUAAGUGGCCUUCUGGGAAGUAUUACUACUUCCUCCAUUUCUGACAUUAACAGUGUAGAGAGCCAGUUGAUAUCACGGUUACAGCAACAACAGCAGCAGCAGACUGCUACUGUACAGCAGAACAGAACAAACAAUACAUUUUUCUUGACCCAAAACAAUGAGGAGUCAAUGAACAGUUUGUCAACAGUGACUCAUUCGCCCUCGGAGCCAGUCAUUAAGGUGUCUUCUCUGGAGGAGGCUUUACUGGGCAAAAAUCCAAUCCUGACAAAUCAGACUGCUAAAACUACAAAAACACAUGGAUCUAAAAUCCCAACCCGAAGUAAAAGUGUGCCACAAGUGUCCCAGAAAUUGUCACAGAGAAAAGAAGGAAAUUUUGUGAAACCAGUUAAACCUGCCACACGUACGAAACAGAGAAAAAUCGCUCCAAACCCAACCCCGUCUCCAAACAACACGUAUCUGGCCCAGCUUCUUACUACAGACAUGAUUCUGGGUGGAAUUCAAUUGUCCCCAGUCAGCCAACUUGCCAAGGGAACCUACCCAGGUGCUAUCAUUAAUGUGAAAAAGGAGGCAGGAGGUGUGGCAGCACCCAGUAUAGUGACCAUUCAGGGGCAGCAACCCACACCUUCACCAAUGGUUGUGACAUCAAUCCCUGUAUCCUACAAUAAACUGACAGACAUACUGCUGCAAACACAGAAUUCUACGGUUGAAGUUGCUAAAGACACAGUCAUUAACUUUGUUUCAAAUCCAGUCACAUUGUCAUCCAAUGCCACGGUAACGGUGCCUCAGAUCACCACAGUACCGACCUUGACCUCCACUAAGCCAGCGGUCCCUGUUCUGUCCCCCUCCCUGACCGAUUCCCUCACCUCUAGACGGUCCAGCUACCCCCCAGCAAGUCCCAGCAUGGUCCUGUCCAAUCCUACUAGUCCAUCAGAUAGUGUGUCGGUUACUAGUCCUUCAGGGAACCAGUCAGGGGACUCUGAAUCGGAGUUCCGAGGUGGAGAACACAGGAGGUUGAAUCACACCUCAGCAGAACAAAAGAGACGCUGUAACAUCAAGAGUGGUUUUGACCUUCUUCACACUCUUAUCCCAUCCUUAAGUCAGAAUCCAAAUGCGAAAGUCAGUAAGGCUGCAAUGCUACAGAAAACUGCCGAGUACUGUAAAAAGUUGAAGGCAGAGAGAAAGCAGAUGCAAAAUGAAGCAGAGAUCCUCAAACAAGAAAUAGAAUCUCUAAAUGUUCAAAUCAGCCAAUGCCAAGCUCAGCUGCCAGCUACAGGGGUCCCCGUCACACGUCAGCGGGCCGACCAGAUGAAGGAGAUGUUCCAGGAGUAUGUCAAAAAUCGGACACUGUCCAACUGGAAGUUCUGGAUUUUCUCUACCAUUAUCCAGGGUCUGUUUGAUACGUAUAAUAAUAUGGUGUCCACAGCUAGCAUUGAUGAGCUGUGUAGGACCACAUUGGCUUGGUUAGAUCAACACUGCUCACUUGUGGUCUUACGGCCAGCUGUUUUGAAUGCACUGCGACAACUUAGCACCACCACCAGUAUUUUGUCUGAUCCGUCGCGCAUGCCUGAACAUGCAACAGAAGCGGUCUUAAAAACAGACAAAUCAACUGGUUCCUGAUGGCUCCCAUUGAGACAAUCUGUGCUUCGCCCAAAAAUUGAUAGUUGUUCAAUUGACAGCCCAAAAAUUGACAGUUGUUCAAUUGACAGCUGUUCAGUUUGCCUUGAACAAUGUCAGAAGUUUGCUGUCUUCGAAUGUCAAGGACAGUCACUCACUGUACGAGGUCAAGUGAAGGACAGUGUCGGACAUUUUACAAAGUAUAGGGCAGCUUAUUUCUACUUGUAUAAGCAAUAUAUCUGUUUUAAGACACAAUGCCACCUUUGUUUGUUAUUUUGUACUUUGAUGUGAAAUGGCUUUAAUUGAAUGUGAUACAGUGUUGAUUUGUGUGAGGUGAUGUGAGAAAUUUCUGCUUAUGUUUUUGCAGAUUAUUUUCUGAAAUGAUGUUGUUAGAGCAAUAACCUGCAAGUUAUAGAAAAAAGAAGUACCACUUUAUAAAAACAGUUUUGAGAACUGGUACAGAGAGAGAAUUUUUAUUGCAGAAAGAUACAUAUAAAAUAGUCUUGCAAUAGCUUUUUUUAGAAGAUUCUUUUUUCUCAUCUUGUACAUUUUGUCAGUUAAUUUAUUUCGGUCCAUCUUUGUACCAUCUGCUGAAUAGCCACCAAGCAAUAUCUUGAACUUUAAUAAUAAGGUCCUUUGGUUCAGAUUGAAGCAUCUAGGGAGUUUAUAAUUUCAAAGCUUUUUUUUGCUCAUUUUUUAUUUGCUCACUUCUCUCAGUUUUAAAGAUGAAAUAACUUAAAUGGUUAAAUCAUGUUGAGGUAUUGAGAAAAAAACCCCAAUGUUUUGAGAACAUCUGUCUUAAGAAAUAAAUUUAGUCAAUUCUAAUUUUUAGUACCUGUGAGAUUAAAGAAACAUAUGGGAGUUUUAUAGCCCUAUCUUCUAUGAUCAUGGUGAAUUGCAAUGCAACUGUAUGUGAAAUCUUUAUUAUAUUGCUAAAGGUUGUUGUUUUCACACAGACAAGAUAGACAUUUUACAUGUGCAAAUCAUGAAGACGGGGCAAAAAUCCAACUUUAAAUAUUGACUUGCACAAUUGUUUUGUAUUAAAGAUUAUGAAUUUGAAAACUCAGUUCUUAAGCAAUGUGCCAUUAAUGUGCCUGAAAAUUCAUUGUUUUUUUUUUAAAUCAUAUACAGACCAUUUGUUAGAACAUUUUAUCCUGUAUUUUGCUAUCCAUUUCUUUAUUGUUAUACAAAGUGUAAAUAUCCAUGAAUAAGUUUUCUGAUUGAUAAAACUAUACGAAUUCAAAUGAUAUUCCCAUCCAAAAGUUAAUAGAACUGCUUAGCAUUAUCAUAUAAUAGCCAAUGCAUUUACCUGAUUAUAACUAAUAUACAUAUUAGAUAUGCUCAAAUACAUGUGUUUGUACACAGAUUUGUCAGUAAUGCAUCUUUACCAAAUACUCUCAAUAAUAAGGAUAUGUGGACCUCAGCAUUAUCUUUUUCAUUAAUCUGUUGAGACAAUUUCCAAUGCGUAUUUUUGUUGAAUGGUGGCUGUUAAUUUUGGGUUUGUCAAGAACAAUGUUGCUCUAUGAAAUCCACCUCCAACAUAAUAGUGCAUGCCGUUAUACCGGUGUCAGUAGGCAGUUCUAAUCGCACUUAACUGAAAAAGCUCACAAAUCACAACUGAUUCCCAGUGUUCUUUACAAUAUGUAAGACAAUUUGUGUUGUCCACAAGUUUAUCCACAAUGCAAAUUCAAUGUGAAAAGUUUUACUAGAGAUACCGGUAAAAAAGGGUAAUUUAGCAAUACCUCAUAAUUUAGCAUAAAAGUGUAAUCAAUUACAGAAUGUAGUUGGUGUAGAAGGAUAAAGAAUCAAUUCAUAGCAUUAAAAUGUAAUGUAUGUCAGAUGUUUAUUGAACCUGACUGCAUUCUGAAAUGGACAGCAGACACUAAAUAAUGAUGCUAGAUAUUUAAUUGUAAUUAUUAGUUGAUUUAAUAAACUUUGUGGUAUAUUAUCAUAUCUUUAUUUAGUGAACUUGGUCCACCUACCCCCCCCCCCUCCAAAAAAAAAAAUCUGGAUCUGUUAUUCUUUUCAUUUACUGAUGAAUAUUCUGGAAGUGUACUUGCAUUUGUGUUGUACAUGUACUAUUCCAACUCUUUCAAAAUGUUUAACUUCCCAACUAAAGGAGUGGGAAAACUUGGUGCUGAAUAAUUUGUGUGUAUUUUGUUAAAUGAACUAUACAGUUAAACAAUGUGAUCUCAUACUUAACAGGAUGGAGAAAACAGAGAAUUUAAGAUGUAGUGGUGAUAAAAACACAAGUCUGGGUCCACAUAUCUAUGGUAAACAAGACAUUUAUGUUGAAGCUGUAUAUGAUAUAAAGUCUCCAUCAUUUUUAGUAUUCUGCAAUCAUUUUGGAUGUUUUGAUUCAUGGUGUGUAGCUUAACCAAUAGCAAUCUAGAAAUCAUUUUUAUAUGUAUAAAAAUCUACACAAAAAAGGAAUGUCAAACCACUUUUUAAGAAAAUACUUUUUUUUGGCCAAAUUUAGUAGUGAGAAUUCUUUAUAAAGGGCAGCUCACAUGUAAUUACCAAAUGUUUAUUAUAGUACUCUGUAUGGUAGUUUAAAUUACAUGUAUAUACUGUUAUACACAUUGAGUGAAGUGUUAUCAAAUGUUGAUUGUUAUGUAAAACUAAAUGGUAUUAAAUUCUUUGAUUUAUCUAUUACAUGUACGAGAAAGAAAUGUGAUGUCAUAUCAAAAUAAGAAUAAAAAGUAAUAUAUAAUGUAUAGGUAUGGGAUUUGUAUCAUUAUGAAUGAUGAAAUGCAAACAAUAAAAAACAAACAUUA